GUAGUCGUGCGCAUUUUGUAUUUGAGUGUGACUGUGAAAAUGGAGUCCUCAUAGGCGAGUAAUAAGCAAGUUCGAAGUUACGCGUUAUUCGGUUCCCUAAUGAGUGUUGCUGAUUCGUGCGUACCGAUAGUCUGUGCGAUCGAUUACGCAGAAGCGUAAGACGAACCAGGCGCUGAUCUCGAUGGGUGGAGACUACCAGUCGGCAGCCUACACCUACGAGAACAUCGACACCCUCAUCCGAUACAUCAACGCAAAGCACCUGCACCUGCCCAAGGUGCACGCCUUCUACUCGACGCCUUCGUGCUACCUCCGCUCGCUACUGGAGGCAAACGAGGCCUGGACGGAACUGGACGAAGACUUGUUUCCCUACACCGACGGCAUACCGGGAAGCGGGCCCGUCCACUCUCCACAGCAGACGGCCUACUGGACGGGCUACUUCACCACCGAGCCAAACUUCAAACGGACAGUGCGACGAGCCAACGGGGUGCUACAAGCCUGCAAGCAGCUUGCCGUUUUGGGCUUCGUACACAGCAAGGACAUCCGGGUGUUCCAGGAGAACGUGGCCCUCGCUCAGAACAGCGAAGUGAUAGCGGGAAGCGAGAGGCCUGAAGUGCUCCUGCAGCACGAGGCGCUACUGAACAACGGCAUCGCUCGCUGUCAACGUGUCAUGGACGAGGCUCUUCGCACCGUCGUUUGGGAAGGGAACUCGGUCAGCCAGCUUCGCUUCUCGCACUGCCUCGAGGCCGAGGACGACUGCAAGCCGGUGGACUCGGACGAGGCAUGGCUGCUGGUCUACAACCCUCUCAGCUACCCGUACACCGCCCACAUACGGUUGCCGGCGAAGGAGGGAUACUCCUACGUCGUCGACGGCAAGGAUGCCCAGAUCUUGUCGGCCGAGGACAAAGUCGACGAGGUGGUGUUCUCGUCGCGGCUCGUGCCCCUCGGUGUCACGACGCACUACGUGCAGAGGUCGCGAGAGUCUCCGGGAACCGCCAGGAAGCCUGAAGCGUCCAGAGUCGAGAAGCCCAGCAAAAUGACCGUCAUCCGAAACAAGCGCUACCGCCUUCUGGUGGACUCCGCGACGGGCUUAGUGCGGGGCGUCAUGAUCAAGGGUGGACUGCAGGUGACGCUUCAGCACUUGUUCCUGUCCUACCACGCGUACCAGGGAAGCAGCCGCAAGGCUUCUGACAGUCGCGUUCUGAACCCCGUCAAUGACGACCCGUUCGAGCUGGGCAACAACAUCACGUACCACAUCACACGGGGGCCUGAGGUGCAGGAGCUGCACCAGCGCUACACUCCGUGGCUGGGCCUGGUGGUGCGCCUGUUCGAGAACGAGGAGGUGAUCGAGUUCGAGUGGACACUGGGGCCGGUGCCUCUGAGUGAUCACAAGGGCAAGGAGAUCGUGUGCAGGUUCUCUAGCAGCGUGCAGAGCGGCCAGCUCUUCUACACCGACACCAACGGACGUCGAAGCAUCGAAAGGAAGAGACUUGAAGGCAGUCCCGUGGCCUCCAACUUCUACCCGGCCACUUCGUGGGCAUUUCUAGCGAGCGAUGCGCAGAGCAUGCAGCUGACGGUGUUCCCCGACAGACCCCAAGGUGCCGCCAGCCUGUCAUCCGGCAACCUUGAAUUCCUCAUCCAGCGUCGGCUCCUUGGAGACCGUGGAGUGCCCGUGAGAGGGCGCCACUGGCUACACAUCGGCACGAUCGCCGAUUCGCAGGAGUACUUACGCAUCUUCGCCAAUCGCCUGGUGUGGACUCCUCAACUUUCGCUAGUCGACGCUCGGCAGCCGUACUUCACCAACCUUACCCAGAGAGAGUGGAGUGGUUUGCGCUCAGAACUACCGAAACACGUGCACGUGCUCACCCUGGAGCGCGUCUCUGGAGACCGACUGUUAGUGCGACUCGAGUACCAAGCGCCCGAGAUGCCCGAGUACGUCAACACGACACAGUUGCAUAUAUCGCGUCUGCUGAAGAACCAGGACAUCUACCACAUCCUAGAGACUUCGUUAGGAUCGACGCAGGACAAGACGGAAAUGGUGCGCUUUGUCUGGCGUCGUCACGACCGACCCGACCGACCGCUGCCAGCCGUCAGCCAAGAACAGCGCAUGCGCGUCUGGCUGAAACGCGGAUACCGACCGCGCUUCGAGGACACCGUGGUUCUCCACCCGGGCGAGAUUCGAACCUUCGUCGGGCGAGCCGAGAAAGUGCGACCACUGCCGGACAGUUAAAAGAAAAAAUUAUAUAAAGAAAAGGACGACACUGCGACACGUUUGCGAUAACAGUGGUUGUUCUAUACGGUGGGAUUAUUACCAAGAAGAGCAGCGUAAAGAAAAAAAGAACGGCCUGAGUACGAUUCUGCUGCAAGCUUACUGGAUUAACUGGUUUUCUGCGUGCAUAUGAUUUUCUCUGGAGAAUUCGGCUACAGAGAGACAAUUAACACGAAAUGACAUAUCACGUGACUAUGUUCUAUUGCCUACGAUAGCCGCAGUGCCUCUUGGAAGCAGGAUCUCGAUUUAAACCCGCAAAAAAAUAUUAGCGAAACCGUGCUGAAGGUUAAUGUCUAGACAAUGAAGCAAUAAGUGUACGAAGCCCUAACUCUGCUGCAAUAACAGAUACCGCAAUUCACCAAACUGCAUAAGCUAAAACUGUGUAAAAGCGAGCGAAAUAAAUUAUUUUUUACACGCUUCGCGUGACAACAUUCUUUUUCCAUCAGUUUUAGAAAACUGCUAUUCACAAAUUAUUCGUAUACGUCAGAGCUGUACACUGCCUGAAUACGAUCCGCUUCAGACGCUUUUCACAGGACAGUUUUAGAUUUGUGAUAUGUCCGCAUAUUUUGGAGUUACAUGACUUCAGACUUGUUUCAGUUUUACUGAAAUGUUGAAAAUUCUGGAGUUUAUUGUCUUAUAACUGCCCAGUGGCUUCUUUCCUUUCAGGCAGAAGCCGUAUAUGCCUCAUGAGGUGGAAAAUCUGGCAAGCGUCCGUUAACAUCCUAUGGCAAGAAAGCCCACGUGACUACGUCAUGACGUCAUGUUCCUGGCGCUGGAACAGCUCCAGCUCGUAUUGCGAAGUCCCACGGUGAACAGUCACGGCGUCGGAUCGACGCCGUGGUCCACACCCAAAAAAUUGACUCGACGCCGUGGUCCACACCC